CCACGGGCACAGCAGCCGCCGGAACCGGCGUGGGCAGGCACUGAGCGCGUCCCGAGCAGGCACAGCCCCGGACACACGUCCCGGCGGUGGUAGCGGCUGUGUAAAAAGCUGAAGGUGGCCCAGUCUGAGGGCUAAUCUGUCAAAUAUUUAAGAAUCAUUUGCUCAGAAAAUUUCCCACAUUGUUCAUGGAGUUUUUCAUCAGUAUGUCUGAAACCAUUAAAUAUAAUGACGAUGAUCACAAAACUGUGUUCCUGAAAACAUUGAAUGAACAACGUUUGGAAGGAGAAUUUUGUGACAUAGCUAUUGUGGUUGAAGAUGUUAAGUUCAGAGCCCAUAGGUGUGUGCUUGCUGCCUGCAGUACCUACUUCAAAAAACUUUUCAAAAAACUGGAAGUUGAUAGUUCAUCAGUAAUAGAAAUAGAUUUUCUUCGUUCUGAUAUUUUUGAGGAAGUUCUCAAUUACAUGUAUACUGCAAAGAUAUCUGUUAAGAAAGAGGAUGUAAAUUUGAUGAUGUCUUCAGGCCAGAUCCUCGGUAUUCGAUUUCUUGAUAAACUCUGCUCUCAAAAACGUGAUGUUUCUAGUCCUGAAGACAACACACAGUCCAAGAGCAAGUACUGUCUAAAAAUAAACCGUCCUAUUGGAGAACCCAAUGAUACACAAGAUGAUGAGGUGGAAGAAAUUGGAGAUCAUGAUGAUAGUCCAUCAGAUGUGACAGUGGAAGGAACUCCUCCAAGUCAGGAAGAUGGAAAGUCACCAACAACUACCCUGAGAGUGCAAGAGGCAAUUCUGAAAGAGUUGGGAAGUGAAGAAGUUCGAAAAGUAAACUGCUAUGGCCAAGAAGUAGAGCCUAUGGAAACGACUGAAUCUAAAGACUUAGGAUCUCAGACCCCUCAGGCUUUGACAUUUAAUGAUGGGAUAAGUGAAGUGAAAGAUGAACAGACACCUGGCUGGACCACGGCAGCUGGAGAUAUGAAGUUUGAGUACUUACUUUACGGUCACAGGGAACAUAUUGUAUGUCAGGCUUGUGGCAAGACCUUUUCUGAUGAAGUGCGAUUGAGAAAACAUGAAAAGUUACACACGGCUGAUAGGCCGUUUGUUUGUGAAAUGUGUACGAAGGGCUUUACCACACAAGCUCAUUUGAAAGAGCACUUGAAAAUACACACAGGCUACAAGCCUUACAGUUGUGAAGUGUGUGGAAAGUCUUUUAUUCGCGCACCAGAUCUAAAAAAGCAUGAAAGAGUUCACAGUAAUGAGAGGCCCUUUGCAUGCCAUAUGUGUGAUAAGGCUUUCAAGCACAAGUCCCAUCUCAAGGACCAUGAAAGAAGACAUCGAGGAGAGAAACCUUUUGUCUGCAGUUCCUGCACUAAAGCAUUUGCUAAGGCUUCUGACCUAAAAAGGCAUGAGAACAAUAUGCACAGUGAAAGAAAACAAGUUACUACAGCCAAUUCCAUCCAGAGUGAAACAGAACAGUUACAGGCAGCAGCCAUGGCUGCAGAAGCAGAGCAGCAAUUAGAAACUAUAGCUUGUAGUUAAAAACGAAAGCAGAAACUUUAUCAGAAAUAAUAUAAGAAAUUAAAUUGAACAAAAUCUAGUGUUGAUAUACGUUUAGACUGAGAAUUUUUUCAAGAAAUCAUAUUUUUAGAGAAUUGAAUGUUACAUAGAAAUACAUAGCAUCAUUUGGUUAGGUAUUUUAAAACAUUUCAGAGAUGGGUAUUCUUAGAAUGUGAAGCAAUUUUGUUGCCAUUAGCAGUAUAAUGCACUAAUACCUGCUUUAAUUUGAGAGUGUAAUCAAGUUCUCUAUAAAAACAGGGAUAAUUACUGGCUGAUACUUAUUUCAUUCAGUAUGGAAUACUGCAUACAACAUAAACAUUGCAAUCAGUGAGAAUCAGUAAGUUUGAAACCGCUGAAAUCUCAAAAAUCACAAACAUGGAAAGGAAAUACUUGUUUUUCAUAAUUCUGAAGGUGUUAUAAUUUUUUGAGAAACAGACAUUGAUUCCCUAAGCUUUUUAAUUCCUCCUUUUUUCACUUAAUGUAGGUAGGUACAGUAGAGUGUAAGUGGGAUGGUGAUCAGAAUGAAAUUGCUUCUUAUUCCAUUCCCCCAGAUACCCUCGUAUUUUAAUCAAGGUGGCAAGUUUAAUGAAAUACUUGAUUUCUUGAAAAAACUACAUUAUUCACAGUGAUUCUGGCUGGCAAAGCAGCAGCGUCAUGGCAUUCACCAAUCCCUUCAGUGGGUAAAAAAGUCUGCCUCUUUUGUUUUUGUGUUCAUUCUUAUGUAGGGCCCUGGAGAUGGGACUGGGCCAUAAAGGAAAAAAGGUGCAGCGUGGAUGAGACAUGCUCCUUACUCAAACCCAGUAGAAAUCAAUUAAAGCUAAUACAGCCUGAGGCUGUGCUUUUUAUUAUGCAGCUUUCAGUUCACCUAACCUAGCACAGUGAAGGUAAAGGAGUGUUUCUGGGAGCACAGGAGGUUUAGCUGCACUGGCGAGUGACCUGUCACUGCCAGACUCCUGGAGCUGCAGAGCACAGCCACAGGCUAUCACAUACCUGCCCACAGUGUUCAGCUGGGGUUUGUGUCAUGGCUUGUCGUAACAGCUCAUAGGUCCUGUUCAAGUUUAAAAGUUUCCACCUUCUAACUCACCAUCUCUCAGCAAUAGAGACACUUCAGUGAGUGAAUUCAGUUGUAAUUGAUCCAGAGUGAGUGUUCGCUAUUAGUCGGUUGCUUAGUCUCGCCUAUUUUUUUUUUUUAAGAUAAGCUGGGGUACAUGCUGCUAAUUUAAUAGUUAACUCACAGA